UAAAAACCUCUAAAGAGAGAGAAGGUGUUGUGGUUGUUGUUGUUUUUGUCGUUCGUGAUCUUUGCACCAGUCACCCACUAGAACAUGCCCAGCUACAAAUUGGUGUACUUUAACGGGCGAGCUAGGGCUGAAACAGCCCGCCUUGCAUUUGUCGCCUCUGGAAUCGAAUUCGAAGAUGUCAGGGUGGAAGCAGAAAAAUGGCCUGAACUGAAACCAAAAACCUUUUCCGGCUACCUUCCUUACUUAGAGGUGGAUGGGAAGGUGCUGGUGGAGAGUAUGGCCAUUGCGAGAUUUGUGGCCAGGGAGGGCAAGUUGGCGGGGGGCUGCAAUUACGAGCAGGCACAGAUCGAUUCCAUUGUCGACAUCCUCUCUUACGUCGUUGAGAAAGUGUACAAAGUUGUGUACUACGCCAAGGGCGAAGAGAAGGAGAGGCUACAUAAAGAGUUGGUCGAGAAGACUGCGCCAGAAACCUUCAAACUUUUGGAGAAAUUUUUGCAAGAUCAAGAUUUCUUUGUCCACAACAAGCUAUCCCUGGCUGACCUUCACUUUUACACUGUCCUCGAAAGCAUGACCCCAGCAUACGAAGACUGGCCCAAAUUGAGCCCCAAGUUGAAGGCCCUCUUCGACAGAGUAGCCACUGAACCUAAAAUUGCCGAAUAUCUGAAGAAGAGGCCUGUUACCGAGUACUGAAAAAAAAGUUCUUCGGUGAAAGAAUAGAGUGAAUAAUUUGUGAAUAUGAAUAUAUGAAGAGACUUGUCACUGAGUGUUGAAGGAAAAAUUAUCGUUGAAUGAAAAACUAUCGUUGAAUGAAUGGAACGAAUAUUUUGAUAUUAUCUAUGAUAUAAUUAGUAUCUUUCGAGUUGUGACAAUUGUUUAUCUAUUCAAACGGUUAGACCCGAAGAUACUAAAUAAGUUAAAGAUUACAUCUAUCGAGUUAGCCAUUUUUGGUAAACCGGAUGUGGCGGUGCGGUAGUAAAUAGUGGAGUUUCCAUAAUAAAUAGGGUUUUGUUAUGUAGCGGAUCAUCAUUUUUUUCGAUUUCCAAACAAUAUGAAAAUUUGGAAUGAUAAAGUCAAGUUGGAUAUUAUUUUUAUAAACGUUAGAUGUUAAUGAUUAGAAUUACACACGCUUAUUCGUUAGGUGUAUCAAAAUUCUAAUGGAAACUAUAAUUGAAAAUUGAAUAAUUUGAAUAAAAUUUCACCUUGUUA